CACUAAAAGAGAUCUCCAUCUCCUUCACUCCAACCUUUCUUUGUCUUCCUUUACAAACAUGGUGGGAACUACAACUACUAAUACUUCUUCUUCUUCACCUUGCGCUUCUUGCAAGCUGCUCCGGCGGCGGUGCGCCAGAGACUGCAUCUUCGCACCUUACUUCCCUCCCGCCGACCCCCACAAGUUCGCCAUCGUCCACAAGGUCUUCGGCGCCAGCAACGUCGCCAAAAUGCUCCACGACCUGCCGGCCGACAGGAGAGCCGACGCCGUGAACAGCCUGGUCUACGAGGCGAACGCGAGGCUGCGGGACCCGGUGUACGGCUGCGUGGGCGCCAUAUCUUACCUUCAGAACCAAGUCGCCCAGCUCCAAAUGCAGCUUGCUCUCGCUCAAGCUGAGAUCGUCUGCAUUAGCCAGAUGGUGGGGCAGCAGCAAUCCCCGCCGUCCGAUCAUCUACUUUUAAAUGAUCCGAUGACUCCCAUGGACUGCCUCGACGACGACGACGUCGUCGUGUCGGCGGUGGAUAACAAGCCGUUGUUUCAGUUCCAGAAUGGACUUCUGGCGCUUCAUCAUCACCACCAUGAUCACAUCUCGAUGAAGAAAGAUAGUUUUUACGGGGACAUAAUUUCUUCAUCGUUUUAGCUAGAUUAGUUUUGUUUUUUUAGUGUAUAGUCAUUUAUGGCAGAAAUCAGAAUGUAUUGAUCGUUUAAUUAACAUAAUUAAGGAAUUGAUUGAUUAAUUAAUUUCUACUUAAAUAAGUACUAGUAAUCAUUUUUAUUUUAUUUUAUUUGUGGAGGUCAACUCUAGCAUGUGAUGUGAAUACGUGUUAUUUACUUGAGAGAUGAGGUUAUAGUUUAAUUCACUUCGGGCUUCGUGUGAUCACCCAAUAAAAGAAUUGGAAGGUCGGUGGCAUCUUAAUUUGUAGGACAUUAUCUUCCAGCUAUGGACCUCCUCUUGGCAUUAAUGUUCCGUUUUCUUAAAAAUAAUGCACCUUGAUUCUUCACAUAAUUAGUGAUCAGCUAGAGGGACACACAAUUAAUGAGUGGUUGAUGUGUGUGGAUUCAGUCGUCAAGAACAUCAUUAAUUGCAUAAAUAAAUGUGGUUUGAUUAGCUUCUCAAGUAAAUUUAGUACUCGUUUAAGGGGUCGGUUAGCAUGCUAACCCCACUUAGGGGUUGGAAAAAUGACACCCCUAGUAUAUUAAAUACAACUAUAGAAUUUAAUACACACAUUAAAUACACAUUAGGAAUUAAAUGUACCAUAUUAAUUAGAAAUUCUCUCACUAUUAAAUACACAUUAGGAAUUAAAUACACACAUUAAAUACACAUUAGGAAUUCUCUCACUAUAUUUGAUUUUUCCUUUUUCAGCAGUCUCCGACCACCAGACUUCCUCCGACCGCCACACUUUUCCGGUGAAAAUCCCAUCGGCAGACUCCCUCCGACCACCUCAAAAAAAUAUACCAUUGUACUGAUACGGUGUACCACUGUACUGGUAGAGAUACCACUGCACUGAUACGUUGUACAACUGUACUGGUAGAUAUACCACUGCACUAGUAGCGAUAUCAGUGCACUGGUAGCAAUAUCAUAUCUGAGUAUCAGUGCAGUGGUUCAAAUACCAGUAAAGUGGUAAUUAAUGUGGUGUAUUUAAUGCUUACUUUGUAUUUAAUAACAGAACAUUUAUUAUGUUUACUUUCAUUAAUACUUGUCAAUAAUUAAUGAAAAAUUGACCAAUUAAAAGGGGGUGUCAAAAAACCAACCCCUUAAGAGGUUAGCAUGCUAACCCGUCCCUCGUUUAAGUCUUUCAAAUCUCAACAUAUUUCAUCUACCUUAAUGAAAAUGACGUCCAAUUAGAGUCAGUCUUGUUCUCUUACUAGCGUAGAAAUAAUUAAGAAUAAUCACUAGAUUCAUAAAGUUAGCUUGGAGUAAAAAUCUAGAUACAAAACAAAGUCUGUUGUCGCAUUGAUAGCUAUACAAGUGUCAAAGGGUGAUUUUAAUUUUAUCGCAAGAGUACUUCCGCUUUUGUAAAAAUAUAUAUUGUAUUAGGUUAUCAUAUCGAAUUGAAGACCAACAUACAUAUGAUUUGGUCAUAAAAGGCAAAGGUAACCAUAAUUUUGUCAUUGGUUCUUUUCAAGUAUGACAAUAACAUAUAAUACAACAUUGAAACAUUACGAUUAUGUCCAGAAGCAUUCCAUUUUGUCACACAAGUCAAAGCUUAAUUAGACUUUUUUAUCUUAUGUUAUAAAAUUAAGCGAUCUCCAUUUGUGAUUGAAUUACUUUUUAAUCUGGAUAGCGGCCGCCGACUGUGAAGGCCUCACCGAAUCCUAUGAGCCUAGCUAGACUCGCACUAUAGUUAGGAGUUAGGACAGUGAAAGUUAAUCAUAUCUCUAAUGCUAUUUGGGAAUAGUUUAAUUAGUUGAUUGCUACAAGUAAAUCAUUUUAAGUAUGUACCUAAAAUAAUGAAGACAAACACAUCUACAUGAUUACAUUAAAAAGGUGAUCAUUUACAUGUUAAUUUGAAGGAUUCGGCGCACACGUUGGGUGAAAGCCUACUCUAUGAGUAUGAGGUUUAGGUUCUUCGUUUAUCUUUCUACCGUGCAUCGUUUCACUUUGUGUAGUGUAACUGCGUAAGUAUAAUAGGGUUGUCUAUCUCAUGGCAAGAAAAGCCCUCUCAUCGUUGGAUCGUCAGUUGGUCGACCAAGGGCUUUCCCUUAAUGCUUCUUUGUAAUUUGACCUGUAAAUGUACUAUAUUUUUGUCAUUGUUGGAUCAUCGGCUGGUCUACUUAAUCAAACUUUGAUGUUUGCGUGCGAUAUAACCACAUAUUUUUAUAAUGACAAAUUUAGCCAUAUUUAAGAUAUGUGAACACACACAUCGCUAUAUGUUGUUUCAAGUUUCUCACUAGUUACUCAUGUCAGGCCAUCGAAAUUGAUUAUUAUUUUUAAUUAUUUCACAAAAAAGUUAAUAAUAUUUUUAACUCAGGAUAUAGCCAUUUUUCCUCUCGGCUCUUGCUAUUGUCGACGCGAAAGAAAAAUCAUGACCAUCAUUGCAGCUGACGAAAAAAUAUGGCUAUAUGUGUCACAUUUGAUAUAAAAUAAAAGUGGUACAUCUUCUUGAAGCGUCUUAUGCAUGUGAGUGGAGAUUAUCUCGCCAACAUUUGCAAUUUGCAAGUUUCAUUUAAUUUUCCAAUAAACAUAGUAAUCUAAUAAUUACGAUUUACGAGAUAUUUCUAGAGGGAACUAAUCAUACUUUUUCGGUUAAUCAUCAGCCAAUCAGAGUGCAGAUAUCUUCAACCCAAAUAUAGUGGGUGAAUGACUUCUCCAUCAUGACGCCUCUAGAGAACAAAAACCAGAUAUAAAUAAAUAGGGUUAUAGGUAUAAUAUGUCCCUUUAUGACGUUUUAUCAAACAUAUUACUCUACUAUUUUUUUACAUCAAACGUGUUCCUGUACUUUGAAAAAAUUAUCAAACAAGCCCUUUUGUUAAAAUUUGCAUCCAAAAACCAUCAACCAAGUGAGAACUUUGGUUUGGUAGACACAAAUGUCUAAAAUAUUUCUAAUAAUUUGACUUUAGAAUUAUUUUGGUUCUUUUGUAUAGCCAAAUAAUUCAAUUUUUUCACUUUGACGAGACCCAGAGAAAUAAAAUAGGGGACAAAACUGACAUUUUCCCUCCCAUUUACCGAUGUCGGAUAGUCUAAGGGGUCGUUUGGAAGUUGUGAUUUCAAAUGGUGUAUUGACCUAAUUCAUGUAUUUGUGAGAUUAAGUCGUUUUUUGACUUAUAUAGAACUAGAAUACAUGCAUUUACUUUUUGAAGGCCCCACCAUAAUCACUCAAUAUUGAGGGAUUUACAAUCUCUACUUUUUGUUGAGAUUCUUCACAAUCACUCAAAACUAACUUUUUUACCUUUAGAACAUAAACACAAUCUAAACCUCCAAACAAGAUAUUUGUCUAAUACAUCAAUUGAUUCAAUACAUCAAAUGAUAAUACACUAAUUGUCUCAAUACAUCAAUUUAAAGAAUCACAACUUCCAAACAAGCCCCAAAUAAAUACUGUAAGAUAAAGAUAUAAGAUUAUUAAUAGAUCGAAUCUAUCUGAUAAUUAGAGUUACUCGAAUUACUAUAAAUGUAUAAGAUAAUCGUUUUAGAGCCAUUCUUGUGGAAGUUCGUGAUCUGCUGAGAAAUUUUUAUGGGAUUAGUGUACGAUUUGCAGGUCGGAAUAGCAAUCGGGUAGCCCACUUAGUGACUAGAAAGACCCUUUCUUUGUAUCCGGCUACAUGUGAUGGAAACAUAAACUUUGCAUGCUUUGGUCGUUUGUCGGUUUAUUAGUUGUUAUGAGUUGUUAAACAUUAUUUGGGGAUUAUUGACGGGUUAUAAUAUUUGGGGUAGCAUGCGGUAAUUAGCGGAUUAUACAAAUAGUUAGCUAGUGGAUUUUAUUCCACUAAGUAGAAUACUAAACCUAAUUAAGUCUCUCUUUCUCCCUUCCAGCCGAAACCCUCCUCCUCUCUUCCCUAGCUGCUGUUGUUGCCGCAGCCUUGCCUCUCAACCACUCUUUUCUAAUUCUUUUCCCCAAAUUCCCAAAUCCAUAGUUCUCAUUGGGAGAUCAAUUCCUAGUUGAUCAACAAGUUACCUAUCCCAAAUCCUUGAUUCUAUCAACAUGUCGCUUUUUUAUUCCUCUCCUGGUUGUAUACCAUAUUGUAAUUUGUUCGAUCUCUUUCUAACCAAUAUAAGAUUAUCUUUUGUGAGAAAAAAAAUCAUGAGUUCAUGCAAACUUCAAUGAGCUACCAACCACCUUUUUGAAUGAAAUUAAUUUAUCAAUUAUCACUAAUCCAAAGUUUCUAAUCUAUUAUCUAUCUAUCUAUCUAUCUAUCUAUACAUAAUAUUAUGCCAAUUCAAAAGUAGUUUGUUGCCACAUAAGUAUUUGAAGAAUUUACAAGGUGCCAUGGUGGACACUUUUUUUUACAAACAAAAAAGUUAGUUAAUGAUCAAUUAAUGUAGCUAUAUCUAUCUUCUUUUAAUAUUUUCUUUUUAUUUUAAUGAUCAUUUAUGUAGCUAUCUCUAUCUCCUUUUAAUAUAUUCUUUUUUAUUCAAUAAGUGUUUUUUGCAAUAAAUAUGUAUAGCAACAAUAUACUUAUGUGUGAAGAGUGACAUAUAUUGUAAUCCUUUAACAAAUAUAUUUGAUUAAAUCCAAUCAAUUAAUUUUUAAUUUUUAUUUUUAUUAGAACUUAAUAUAGUGAAGUUUAGAUAAUCAACAUUUAAUAAUCAAUUGAAUUUGAAAAACCAACUAUAUAAUUUUAUGUUUUGGUUAUCAAACACUAUCUUUUUCUAAUGUUUGUAUCCAUCAAUGAAAACAAGUAUCAAAUAGUAAAAUGCUUAAAAAGUUGUUUUUCAUUUUGAUAGAAACUUGACGAAGUCAUAAUAUAGUAACUGAUUGUACAAAUGAAAGUGAUAAAGAAAGACAACUUUUCUUCUCUCUUAUAAUGCAGGCUUCCAUACCUUAUUUUCUCUUACAUUUGUUCACACUCAAAAGUUCACAUAUUUCGGUCAAACAAAGGUGUUAAUUACACUUAAAAAUAGAUUAAACUCUUUAUAUUUAUAUAUGUAUAUUAUGACAUACCUUGAGUAAGAAAAUGAUAUAUAGACCUUGAAUUGACUGGAGUUUGGCAUAUGGUAGCAAAAUGCUUCAAAAGUUGUUUUUCAUUUUGAUAGAAACUUGACGAAGUCAUAAUAUAGUACCUGAUUGUACAAAUGAAGGCGAUAAAGAAAGACAACUUUUCUUCUCUCUUAUAAUGCAUGCUUCCAUACCUUAUUUUCUCUUACAUUUGUUCACAUUUCCCCUUAUUUUUCUCAACGGUUUACAUAUUUCGGUCAAACAAAGGUGUUAAUUACACUUAAAAAUACAUUAAACUCUUUAUAUUUAUAUAUGAAUAUAUUAUGACAUACCUUGAGUAAGAAAAUGAUAUAUAGACCUUGAAUUGACUAAAGUUUGGCAUAUGGUAUUAUUCUCAAACCCUUAAAGAUUAAAAUCCAGGUCUUAAAUUUAUAAAUCUCAUACCCUAAGAUCAAUUUAAUUAUAAACAAAAAUCAACGGUCAUGUUUUGUCAAAAUAUAUGCAACAAAUUACAUGUACAAUCUUAGGGGUUAAGCUCUAUGAUUUAGAUAACUAAGACAUAGGGUUCACUCAUCAAGAGUUAGGGUAUAGUAUCAUGCCCACAAAUCCGGUUAAUUCGUGGUCUAGAUAGCGUUUUCUUCCUUAUAGUAUAUAGUAUCAUGCUUAGAUAUUGACAAUAGAUGUGGCAUUACACAAACAAAAUGAAGAUAUUAGUAUAAGUUUAAGCAAAUGCAUAUUUGAUAAGUUAGAAAAUUAUACACCAAUGGACCAUGUUAAGAUUAGAACCCUCGACGGUGUGUGAGUAUCUUGGACUGAGAUUCUAAACCAACAUCUAAACAACGAUCAUGAGUUGAGGGUGCGUCUAAAUUAAACUUCAGGUAUUAACAAUUGGUACAUAUUGUAUAAGAUAUUAAAUUGUGUCUUGAUCGACAAAUAUGAUCUUACAAUAAGACAGUAAACUUUCAAUUUGGAUGACCAAAUUUAUCUAAUAUUGAAGUACCUUUAUAAAAACAUUCUAACUAAGUUGUCGUCAUAUGAGCAACAUCAUUGGUUGAGAGUUCGUCCAAACUCGAGAUUCAUUGAAUGGCAUAUAUUGUAUAAGAUAAAAAAUUUUGAGUAUCGUUGUUGACAGUCUUGACAUAAGAUUCUAUAUGGGACGUGAUAUAUCUUUGUAACAUGAUUUAUGAUCAGAGAAUCGAAACAUCAUAAGUGAACGUGCUAAGCAUUUAGAAUUUUUAAUUUAUAGAUGCACCGCAUACUCACACAUGAAUGCAAAUGCAAAAGUUUAGAAGAUCCAAAAUAGUUUAAACAUAUAGAUAAAUUGAUUAAUGUAAAUGAUAAAAUGAAACUCACCGGCCAAUGGGCCUGGUAAAAAGCUAGUAACUUAUAUUAUGGUUGUUUUAGAGCAAUCUCUUGCCACGUAGGAUUCAAGAAACUUUACAAUUUUUCAUGUCAUAUUUAUCAUUUUAGUUCUUCUAUAUUUUUUUAUGUUACACUAAGCUAAAAAUAAUAAAUAGAUAUAUAAUCAUCAUCGAGACUCGAACCUAUAACCUGCAAUGUACAAAUUAAUAUCAUUAAAAGUGUUUAAACAUUGAGAUAAAUUCUAUUUGAUGUUAUCAACCACAAUAAACAUUACUAUUCGUCUCAUGAAAUAUUUUAACACCUGACCUUUUAGUGAUCUCUUGAUUUAGCAGUUGACCAUCGACUCUAUUAUAUAAAUAUUUUCCCUAAAUUUGACAUAAAUUAAAGCAACUAAAAAUAUCUAUUAUACUUUAUAUCCAUCAUAAGAAAUUAUUAAUAAAUAAAAAUAAAUUAUGUUUAAGUUUUCUUUAUGAUAUGUUCAAUAAUAAAUUAAUUGUUUUUUGACAAAACCAUAAAUGAAAUUAUAAGAUGAAAAGCCGAAAUUCAAUUGCUAUCCAAAUCCAAACACUUAGUUAAUUUUUAUAUAAUGUUCAUUUUAUGAUGAAAAAUAUGAGAAAUAAAAGGAAAACCUUCUUUGGUAUUACAUAACACCAAAAAUAUAAUAUUUUAUCUGUACUACUAUAAAUAUAUAUACCAAUACACUCAUAUAGUUAUAUAUUAAAAUAUAACAAUUUUUGUGCCUAUUGCAUUAGUUAUUGAUUAUAUUAUGAAUUUAAAAUGCUAACAUGAUAAGCAAAAUAUAUUAUCAUGUAUUUAUGUAACAUAUUCCAACACCAAAAAAUCAUUAAAAUAUACAUACGUAGAUCAGUCAUGUGUCACCAUAAUAUACGAUAAUUCCUACACUAGUAAAUAAAUAAAAUAAUUAAAAAAAAACUAAAAUAUAUCUACGUACUUUUUCCAAUAUAUAUAUAAUUGUAAAUUUCAUUUAGAAUAUAUUAGUCUGAUUUUUUUAUGUAAACAAAUAUGAAAUUCAAGUUCAAACGAAUAAGAUAUAGUACGUUAAAAUUAAGGUAGGAGUGGUUAUACAUUUGUUUAAUUUUACGGUUAUGCAAAUAAAGAGUUCCAGACAAGUUUGACAACCAUUACCUGUUGUCUUUAGAAAAAUAUUGAAGUGGGUUUCAGUUUCCUUUUCGCAUUUCAACUUCGUUCAAGUUAGCAUUGUUUGAAAAUUUUCCUUUUCUUUUCCGCCUUUUUCUUCUAUAAACAAUAGUUCUUUUUCUAAACAUUUAUAUGUCGGCUCUGCUCAAUCUCUGUCAUUCGUAAAUAAUUACAAUUAAAUGAUCUUUCGCAUUCUGCAUUUUGUAAUUAUAACAAUGAUGGGGAGCAAACUAUAAGGAGGAACAUUACAACUGUCAUCACUGCUAUUUUUUUUUGUGUGGAUAUGAUUGAAUUAAUAUUGAAUGACAUUGUAAAUUGGAGGCGGAGUGUCUCUAUGACUGAUUUUGGUUAUGUAAGUGUUAAAUCAUUAAAGGUAAUACAAAAUUAUAGAUGUAUAGAUUGGUAGUACAAGACUACUACCAGAGUAGUCAAAAUUCCGAUUUAAAUCCUAAAAUUCUACGCAUUUAUGAUUUUAUUUACCUAUUCCAAUUCUGAUUUCACUAUAACAUCUAUGGACCUUAAAAUCCAACACUAUUUACGAUUUAAAUUAUUAAAAUCUUUAAAAUCUUACGAUCUUAUGAUUUAAAUCUUUGAGUCAAUUUUACUUAUUUUCCCUAGAAUUUGCAAAAUUACGCAUCUUUUUCUUCUCCUCCACCAAUAUCAUCUAGUUCUCUCACACUAACCACCAUCGAUUAUAAUCAAUUCACAUCAAUGUAUUAAUCAUUAUUGAUUCACCACCUCUUAACAUUAACCUUGAUACAUUGCAACAUUAACCUUGAAAAAUUAUCAUUGUAAGUUUUAUGUGCUUUUGUGUUAUUCAUGAUUUUCCUUACUAAUAUUAUUCCGUCUUCAUUUUUAUAUGGACCUUAGAAUACUACAAUUUUAAUAUUCCGAUUUUAUCCCCAUUUUCGAUUUUACGUAAAAUCUCGAUUUUAACUGCUUUGACUACUACUACACCUUAACUACAUGUUCAUGAUAUGCACUAUUUUAUUUCCUAGGUGCUUAUUUAUCAAAUAGGUGAAUUUUUUUACUCUUGGACCGUAUUCAAGUACAUGUUAGUGUCGUGGUGAUGUUAUUUCAAAAUACAAAGUACAUCAUUAAAAAGGAACUAUGCACAACAAUGAUAUCUUUUGACUUUAGUUAUAAGAGUGGCAAGAUAGAUCAUUAUUUGAAUGAUGGACAUGGAUCAUACGUAUCAAUCAUGGACUAAUUUACCAUCGAUUGAGCAGUCUACUACCACCAGAAUGUUCAAUUACUAACUUUGUUCAGUUAUACAUUUAUCAAUUGGAGAAUCUAUUAAAAUAGCUCCAAUUUGAUCAUUAUAUAUGAUGAUUUGAAUUAUCUACGUGAAUUAUGCAUUACGAGACUGAAAAUAAUUUUAGACGCUAACAAUAUUUACUCCAAACAUAUAGAUGCAUGAAAGGCAAAAUCAAUGAAAAGUUAUGUACAAAUGAAGUUGAAGACUGUCUCUAAACAAAGAGCAGAUGAUCGUGAAGUGAUCUUCCACUUGGUGAUGAAGAGUGACGACUCUUAUUGUUUACAUGAUCAUUGCUCCUUGCCACACUCAAAAUAGAUGUAGAGGCCCUCCUAUGAGACAAUGUUUGAAUAAUAAAUAAUGUUAAUAAGUAUAUAUGAAGGAAAAUAGUAGUCUAUGAGAAAAUGACAAAAAUAAAAUAUACCGCUCAUCGGGCGGACACAAAACUAGUUUAAAGUGUUUAUGUUCCUAGCUGAAGUGAAAUUAGACCACAUUAUUCCGUAAAUAAGAUAGUAAUUAGAAUUUUCAAUUAGCAACUAUUAUUAUUUUUCUUCCAACCAAGUUCAAUAGUAACUAGCAUGAUGUUGUUUUGCCUAUGUACUAGACUUGUCCUCGAGCACUCAAAAGACAAGGUGGUAAGGAUUCUUUGUCCAUUUUGUCUUGUCUCCUUGAAUUAGCAGUCCUCGAGGUUGAUUGAUUUUGGGUUUAACGGCUUGAUUUUUAAUUACAUAUAUCACUAUUAUAACUUUUACCCUCCAUUUACAUUAUAUUAAUUACCUUACACAUCCGUUCGAAAUUAUGAUAACCUUACACAUCCAUUUACAUUAUAUUAAUUACCUUACACAUCCGUAAAUAUAUGUCAAAUAUAUGAGAGCAUACAAUCCGAUCUUAUAAUUCUGUCGGUAAAUACUGAAAGAUUUUUACUCAAAAUAAUAAGUUGUGAGAAUCAAACCGAAAUACAAAACCUAUACCAUACUAAUACUCUCAUGUCUUACCUCUUUAUUUUAAACUGUGGAAUUGAUUGAACCUCCAUUUGUUGAUUUCUUUUGGCAUUUUUUUAUCAACUCCUGGUAUGUUUUUUUCCCAUCAACAUUGGGUUGAAACUUCCUUCAAAUCCCACAAAAAUGGAUCCAUCGAGAUGCCGCUUUCUGUAGAUGUGUUUGUUUUGGCCUGAAAUCUCUCAUUUUCAACCCCCAAUUAUUAACAUCAAGCAACAAUGAAGGAACCAUCCUAGUACUGGCUCAUCGACUCCCACUAAAAGUCAAUGCCGGAGGGAGAAUGUGAGAGGGUGGGUUCCGGGACUCAUCCUAAGUAGGAAGGGAAAUGGUUAAAUUAGAUACAAUAAUUAGUUGAUAUCGAAAAUUAUGGAACAUCUAAUUGAAAAUAGUUGGUCGAAAAGUUUUGUGUUCGAAUCUUGGGAACAUCAAUUUUUACGCAUACGGUAUUCAGAUUUGUGCAAACUUCAAUCCGUAUGAGCUGACUUUCUUACGAGAGAGCGUGCUAGUAAAUAGUACACGAUAUAUUAUCGAACCUCUUCCAAUAACUCGAGUUAUUGAUAUUGAACAGUUCUUGACAAAGAACAUCAUUCGAAAGCGAACGACUAACUAAAUUAUGAAUUAUUGUUUGGUGUAAGAUUCAUUAUUAAAACUUAUCUCUACAACUCGAGUUACUAAAUGGUUAUUGACAAAGAACAUUAUUCGAAAGAGAACUGCAAACUAAAUAUUAAUAAUUGUUUGGUACACAUAAUAUAGUGAUAUUCUUGAUACUAGACGGUCCUUUGACAUAGAUUUCAUUGGUUUGAGAAUGGAUGGUGUUCUUGCAAGGAUUACUGGUGACUGGUGAGUUCUAUUACCUACCUGUUUGAGGAUGUAAAAAGUAGUACGAAUGAGUGCAUUGCUUGUCCAGUCUAUUAAAACACAUUAAACCAAACAGCACUUGUAUAAACAAAACUUGUAAAUUACAAACCGGAAGCUCUGAACUAUGAACUCUAGACAGCCAGCCAGUUCUUGAAGGAACUAGGAGAUGACAAUCAUAAAGAGCCUUUCAAGUGUACUCUUGCUUAUGUUGUUCAAGGAUGCUUUUUCCUUCGUUGAAUAUAUAUAUACUAGCUUGAACCCGUCCUUUGGCCGGAAUAUUUCAACCAAUUUUUUCAUAACUUAUCUCCAAUUAGUUUUUUGUGAUUUUUAAUUCAAUAUGAAAAUUAAUUAGAUGGUAUAAUGUGUGUUUAACGGGUAUUUCACCAAAAUAAUAUCCCAACAAAUAUUCCAAAUCUAUUUUCUUAACAUGUAAAUUGGGUUGCGCAUAGCUUAAUUUGGUUUGCUGAAAAAUAAACGCUAAUGAGAAGACAAAUGCCAAAUUGAGGCGUGGGCACCCAAUCAGACCUCCUGUCGCCCCAUUGGUUUGUACGACCCUAAAAUUUCUUUGCUUUGUUUUCAUUGCGAUAAACUUUGCAUUGAAGAUUUUCCAUUGGACUCGCAUAACCCUCCAAUCCUCCCGAUUCUCUCCCACCCACCCGAUCUUUGCCUCGAUUUUCUCCACAGCUUAUCAACUUCUCUCCACCUCGCUGAAACUCCAACUAUAGUGGCCUCUACAAUCUCAUUCUCAUUUAUCCCACGACGAAGUUGCAGUUGAUUUUGUGCAUCUAUGACCACUCCUCCCAGCUCAUCAACUUGUUCCCUGAAUCCAACAUUUGUAAAUCAAGCAACUUAACAAAGGUUUCUCAGUCAUAUUCAAAUUAAAUGAAUUACUACAUCCAUGUCAAUCUAUUUCCCCAUCAUAAGCACUCAACCCAGAUUCCACCAAAUGAACAGAAAGCUCUAGUAGCCCACAAAGAGAAAUAAAAGGUGCAUGCCUCUGCAUAGUUGUAUGUUGUAAUAUAAUUAAGCGAAGAUGUUGGGUAUUAUAUAUAAUUACUGCCAGAAGAUUAACUUAAGCCAAAAUCAAAAUGGAAUUUACUCAAGAGUGGUCGCUCAUAACCUAAGCUUCCAUACAUGUGUUGCUGCUUCUUUUAUCUAGAAGAGAGUAUAUCAUUACACAUUUUCUCGUUGCCCUUGCAAUCACACCUUGGAAUUCCAAUACAUGGAUAGAGAGCUGUGAAAAUAAAAUAAAAAUCAAUCAUAACGUAAGAUAACCAUUCAGCAGAAACCAUUCUCAAACUCAAAGUUAAGCAUUCCGAAAUAGCAUAACUACAUACAUGUAAAAAACCACAUACCUUAACGACUACAUACAUCAGAACUAUGAUUCCCCUCAUUCAUAACCACUCAUGAUCAGUUCCAAUCAAGGAAAAAAAUUUAAGAAAUACUACAAACCAACUAAAACCAAGCUGUUAAGGGGCAGCAAGCCAAAGAAGACAAAACAACUAUAGCACUCAUUCUAUCACAUUACUCCCAUCUUCCCACAAAUGAAAACCCACUCAAAAGGCCUCCUAAGGAUGCAAAUGCCUGUAAUCGCCAAGAACUGCAAACUGGUACCCAAAGUUCCCUAAUAGAGGAUCUUCGUUGAC